CCGUGGCUUAGUCUCGCGAUACUCGGUCACUGUUGCCAGGAGACUGUGUUACUUUGUAUAGGUGAAAGAAGAAGCAGCCAACAUGCCUCCAAAGAAGAAGAAGGGGGCGACGAAAAAGAAGUCAGCCAAGGGGAAGAAGAGCCCUGGACUGGUGGAUGGACUGUCCACUGAAGAAAUGAGCAAAGAUCAGCUGGAGGAGCACAUAGUGCGCCUACGGGAGGAGGUGGACAGAGAACGUGAGGAGAGAAACUACUUCCAGCUGGAGAGAGACAAAAUCCACACCUUCUGGGAGAUCACACGCCGCCAAAUGGAAGAGAAGAAAUCAGAACUGCGUAACAAGGACCGUGAGAUGGAGGAGGCGGAGGAGAGACAUCAGGUGGAGAUCAAGGUCUAUAAACAGAAAGUCAAGCAUCUCUUGUAUGAGCAUCAGAACAACAUUUCGGAGCUGAAAGCAGAGGGCAGCGUUUCUAUGAAGCUGGCACAGCAGGAUCAUCACACUCAGGAGGGCCUACUCCGCAAAGAUAUGCGCGGACUGCAGGUGGACAUUAAAGAGCAGGAGCUGGCCAAUGAGAUGGUGCUGAAGAAUGUGAAAGUGAAACAAGAUGAAGAGAUCACACGACUGAGAAGUGACUUUGAGAGACAAGUGAAAGAAAUUGAAAACAAAUACGAAAGGAAGAUGCGCAUUCUGCGAGAUGAACUGGAUAUGCGCAGGAAGACGGAUAUUCACGAGGUGGAGGAGAGGAAGAACGGACAGAUCAACACACUGAUGAAAAACCACGAGAAGGCCUUCAGCGACAUCAAAAACUAUUAUAAUGACAUCACACUUAAUAAUCUGGCUCUGAUCAACUCCCUUAAGGAGCAGAUGGAGGACAUGAAGAAGAAGGAGGACCGGCUGGAGAAGGAAAUGGCUGACCUCCAGUUACAGAACCGCAGGCUGACUGAACCUCUACAGAAGGCUCGAGAGGAGGUGGCAGAACUCCAGAGACAACUGGCCAACUAUGAAAAGGACAAGACUUCCCUGGCUAGUACAAAAGCACGUCUGAAAUCCACAGAGAAGGAGCUAAAUGAUCUAAAAUGGGAACACGAGGUGUUAGAACAAAGAUUCCAGAAGGUACAGGUGGAGCGUGAUGAACUAUACAACAAGUUUACAGUCGCCAUUCAGGAGGUUCAGCAAAAGAGCGGCUUCAAGAAUCUGCUGCUGGAACGGAAGUUACAGGCACUUGGUGACAUCCUCGAGAAAAAAGAAGCACAGCUGAAUGAAGUGCUCGCAGCCUCAAACCUAGACCCCACCGCCCUCAGCGCUGUCACUCGCAAACUAGAGGAUGUAUUAGACUCCAAGAACAACGCCAUAAAGGACUUGCAGUAUGAACUAGCCAGAGUGUGCAAGGCACACAAUGACCUACUCCGAACAUACGAGGCCAAGAUGCGGGCAUUUGGCAUCCCUGUGGAUGAGCUGGGAUUCAAACCUCUGGAGAGCCUGGUUCCUGGGCAGACCUUUGGGCAAGGCCCAGCCGGACUGGUUGCCGCUAGCACCUAAAACAGCACUGUCACUUCUUCAGGAGGCUGGGAAGACCAUUUAGGAGACUGACACUUUUAAGACCUUGCGCAAUAAA